CUAUUUAAACCCUAACUGCAACUGUAGAAAGCAUCAGUUCCAAUCAUCAGUUCUUAUCAUGAAACUAGCCAUUGCCUGUGUUAUUGCGAGCUUCUUGCUCUUGAGCUUCGUCGACUUCUCCGAGGGAACUUCACCGAAGGAAGACUGUGGUUGCACAAAGUCAACCACCAGAGCCCCAACCACAUGCAGGACAACCAGACCCCCUCCAACCACUUGCAGGACAACCAGACCCCCUCCAACCACAUGCAAGACUACUCCCAGGACCACUCAUAAGACAACACACAAGACAACUCGCAGGACAACACGCAGGACAACUCGCAGGACAACACGCAGGACAACUCGCAGAACCACUCGCAGAACCACUCGCAGAACCACCCGCAGGACUACAACUCGUAGACCAAGGACAACUCGCAAGCCAAGACCAACCAAGCCAUGGAAGCCAUGCCGUCCAUGUGGUCCUGGUGGCAAGGCCUGCCCUGGCUGCCCAGAGCAAGGAGAACUCUGCAAGGAGCUCUUGGCCCAGCUAGAGAAACUUGAGAAGAGGAUCAGGGCCUGCGUCUGUGGUCAAAGUGCCUGGCUGUUGUAAAACAAAAGAAUUGCUUUCGACUGAUGAAUCUUCUUGAUCUUAUGAUAAACUUACUGAUUAAUUAAAAUUUUUUUUG